GCAGUGCGCACCAAAACAACACGACUUAACCUCAAAAAGCUGACGGCAGAAAAAAGGAGUCGGUCGCGAGUAAUGGCCACGACGAUGAUGGAUGUCGAGUGAUUUUUAACUAAGACUUCUUUUAAGCCCAAUUAUACAAAGUUAGAGUAUUAUAAACUUCGCGCGAAUAUGUCGAUAAGUAAAAUCUCGAAAUUAGCCGUCGAAGUUGCCAGCUAUGAAGCUAGAAUUACCUACAAGUGUUCCUAUGCGGUCAUUCGCUCUGCCAAGAAGAUUGUUACGUCGAUAUCAGGACAGGGGGUAAGGCAUCAAUCAACUGCUGCCAGUUCCAAUGAAGUGCAGAGGACGGAAAGUUCGUGGAGAUCUUAUGUGCGGAGGUGGCAAUGGAAAAUACCUCUUGGACUCGGAGUCUCUUUAUUGGCUGUGCUGCAGUGGAGAUAUUUCAGAAAAAGACACGAGACUAACAAGGGGCCGAUAGAGGGAUUAAUGGUAGAAUGUUAUUGUUCCCUACCUUUGAGGAUCACAAGCAGGGUCUGGGGUGGCUUUGCAAGUUUAGAGUUGCCAGUUUCUAUAAGAUCAACAAUUUAUAGCUUUUAUGCAAAAAUAUUUAAGGCCAACUUAGAUGAAAUAGAUGCAUCAUUGACUGAAUUUGCAAGUCUAUCAGAUUUUUUUGUUAGACCACUGAAACCCAAUGCACGUACUAUAGCUCAGAAUACCAACAUGGUUUCCCCAUCUGAUGGCAAAGUCUUGCACUUUGGGCCUGUCACUUCGUGUAGGGUUGAGCAGGUCAAGGGAAUGACAUAUAAUUUGCAACACUUCUUAGGUGAACCUAAUUGGCCAGACAUAGACAAAAAUAGCAAAGUUUCAAAUAAAGGCAUAUGCGAUGAUUACGUCAGUGGCUUGUUGAAGAAUCCUGAAAACAUACUUUAUCAGUUGACUAUUUAUUUAGCACCAGGGGAUUACCACAGAUUCCACAGCCCAGCUGAUUGGACAAUCAAACUACGCAGACAUUUUCAAGGGAAACUGCUGAGCGUGAAUCCUCGCAUUGCAAGCUGGCUGCCGGACUUGUUCUCCCUGAACGAGCGCGUGGUGUACAUAGGUGAGUGGGCCGGUGGUUUCAUGGCGUACGCUGCCGUGGGUGCAACGAACGUUGGUUCGAUUCGCGUGUUCAAGGACCAGGAGCUGGUGACGAACACGAAGAAGUGGCCAAAAGGUAAGAACUCGGAGGACACCGAGUUCCAGGACCUUAAGGUGAAGAAGGGUGAACUCUUUGGCGAGUUUAGAAUGGGCUCGACCAUUGUGCUACUGUUCGAGGCACCCAAGGACUUCGAGUUCUGUACCCAAGUCGGCCAGAAAAUCAAGAUGGGCGAGGGUCUCAGCGAAUGCAAUAUCACAACCGGCCGAGGCUUCUGGUAAACGCAGAGACGACUUUUCGAAAACGAAGGCGACGAUUCCGUAUAGUUUAAUUCUUACCAUAAUUUAAAUUUCUCGAGACUAUAAGAAAUUAAUUUAGAAAGUGUCGAUUAUCAUUGUGUCAUAAAAGCUUUGAAUGUGAUUCAUUGUAUACAUUGUUGUAAAACUGUUAAUAGUAGGAAAUGAAUUAGGAAUUUUUUGAAAAAUGUUUUUAUUUUCUUCGUGAGACGAACACUGUAUUCUUAUUUAAUAUUUUUAUGUGUAUAUUGAGCUUUAUUUAAUGAGGUAUAUAUAUAUACACAAAAACGAAAGCUAUUCUCGAAUUAUAGUUUUAUAACGCUGUUGCCAUAGAGAACAGAUCAUAUAUUAUACAAAUAUUUUUUAAAUAAAUAUUCUUACUAUUUAAUAGUUA